AUGGCUGCGACUCUGGGCAGCGGGGAGCGCUGGACAGAAGCUUACAUUGAUGCAGUUAGAAGAAACAAAUACCCAGAAGAUAGACCUUCUGAAAGUCAUGACCCCUGUGGUUGCUGUAACUGCAUGAAAAUGCAAAAGGAAAAGAAGUCUGAGAAUGAGUGGAACCAAACCCGGCAGGGUGAGGGGAGUUCCACUUACACUGAGGAGCAGCUGCUUGGGGUACAAAGGAUCAAGAAAUGCAGAAAUUACUAUGAAAUUUUAGGAGUGUCUCGAAAUGCCAGUGAUGAAGAGCUUAAGAAAGCUUACCGAAAACUUGCCCUGAAAUUUCACCCUGACAAGAAUUGUGCUCCUGGAGCGACAGAUGCUUUCAAAGCGAUAGGAAAUGCCUUUGCAGUCCUGAGUAAUCCUGACAAGAGACUCCGCUAUGAUGAAUAUGGAGAUGAACAGGUGACUUUUACUGCCCCUCGAGGCAGACCUUACAGCUAUUACAGGGACUUCGAAGCAGACAUCACUCCAGAAGAACUAUUCAAUGUCUUCUUUGGAGGACAUUUUCCUACAGGAAACAUUCAUAUGUUUUCAAAUGUGACAGAUGAUAGUCACUAUUAUCGCCGGCGGCACCGACAUGAGAGGAUGCAGGCACGGAAGGAAGAAGAAGAAGAAGAAGAAGAAAAGCCUCAGAAUACGUAUUCUGCAUUUAUUCAGUUACUUCCAGUUCUGGUGAUUGUGAUUAUAUCUGUUAUUACUCAGCUGCUAGCUGCUAAUCCCCCAUAUAGUCUAUUCUAUAAAUCGACCUUGGGCUACACCAUCUCUAGAGAAACACAGAACCUGCAGGUGCCUUACUUUGUGGAUAAAAACUUUGAGAAGGCCUACAGAGGAGCCUCUCUACGGGACCUGGAGAAGACGAUAGAGAAGGAUUACAUUGAUUACAUCCAGACAAGUUGUUGGAAGGAGAAACAACAAAAGUCGGAAUUGACAAAUUUGGCAGGAUUAUACAGAGAUGAACGAUUGAAACAGAAGGCAGAGUCACUGAAACUUGAAAACUGUGAAAAACUUUCCAAACUUAUCGGCCUACGCAGAGGUGGCUGA